CGAUUUAAACUGGUUGUUGUUUUAAGCAUUUCUUUCAUUUUCUUACCUGAAGGAUACGAAGUCGUUAUCAUUCAUGGAAAUUUAAAGUUCAAAAGUCUUACUAUUCCUGUUGUGCAAGUUCUUUGCGUACGAAGAGACGCUCGCUGUCAGUUGAAUGCACUUCUUCAAGGGAAUAACUUAAUUUUUUUACUGUUUGUGCUUUUGAGCGUUAUGAGAAUUAUUCUCCUAGUGUAAGAAUUUAGUGAUGAUUUUAUAUGUUUAAGUGAAUGAAAAGUGUUUAGAUAGAGUUUGUAUUAUGUCUAUGAGGUAUAUUUAUAUACUACCUUUAAUCGAAGGACUGUGGUUUAUUGUGGCGUUUAUUAUCACGUACACAAUAGCUGUCACUAGAAAUGAUAUUCCGGCUGUUUUCCCUUAUAUUAGUGACACAGGAGUGUGGUACAUAGAAAAAUGUAUAUUUUCAUUUGCAAUGGGCAUUGGUGCAUUAUUAUUGCUGUCAGUUCUAUACAUAAGAUAUAUGCAAGUAAAGGAAAUUUUAAAGAAUGACGAAGAAAAGUCAUUCGAUCCAUAUAUAGCUGUUGCAAACAAAAUUUCUAUGUAUUUAGGAAUUAUAGCAGCUCUUGGGGUUUUUAUUGUUGGAUGUGUCCAGGAAGUACCUUUCCUGAUCAUCCAUUUAACAGCAGCUGCAGUCUCUUUUACCUUAGGAUGGCUAGUAUUAGUCUUGCAGACUUAUGUUUCAUUCAAGCUUUAUCCAGCUGUUGGAUCAAGAACUGUAAAUAUCAUUAGAGGAAUUAUAACAUUUAUAGUUGGAAUAUCAAUGGCGACAACGAGUAGUUUUGGUGGUUUAUCUCUUCUAUUUUUUACAGGUCGAGAUAUAACACAAUGGACGCCAAAAUCAGGAGCGUACGAAAUGCAUUUGAUAAGCACAGUGUUCGAAUGGAUCUUAGUGUUUGGUGUUAUAUUUUUCUUUGCCAUGUAUUCACACGAUUUCAAACACUUAGUUUUAUAUAAACCAAAAAUAAAUCUAAGAGGGGCUGUGUAGGAUAUUUAUGUAACUCCAAAUAAUCUGGGUAUUUUUUGUCAACGGAUAUUGUAUAAAGACAUAAAAAAUAUAUGCAAUGCAUGAACUGCAGAAAAGAAAAUUUUGUGUUGGUUUUUUUUGUUAUAUACCUAAUACAAAGUAAAUAUGACAAAAACAUAUUGUAAUUUUAAGAA